AUGCUCUCGAGGCAUGAGCGCUCUUGGACCGCGCUUCUUGUCCCAUUUGUCGCUUCGGCGGGUGAUAUCCUCAAGGCGCCUUGCGAGAAGAGUCCUGAAUGUAGAGUCAGCGGCGCGCCAGUGAAGACCACGCAGAAAGGCUGCAGUGGAAUGCAUGAAGUGCCGAAUUCUGCGGUAUUGCUCGAGGUCAUUGAGCUCGACCGACAACUAUGCAUCUACAUCAACACCUUCGAUAUGGAGUGCAAUCGGAUCAUACGCCCCCUCGAAAACCUCCAGCGGACAAUCCUUGUCGUGCAUACUCGUGAAUUGAUCAUCGUCCUCAGCGAUUAUACUUCCCUCCUCGUCGACAUCUUCUCCUUUCAAUUCGACGCGCUUGGAGCUCUUCGGCAGUUCAUCGAUGGGGAAUGGGAUAGCGCGAAGACAUGUACCGUCCUUCGCUACAAUCGCGAAUCCACCGUUGUGAGCUUGACACGCGCGGUGACGGCUGGUUGCCAUGUGUUAGACGCUCUAUCGGCUCUCGAGCGCCACAUAAUCAAGGACUUGUCUUAUCCGCCUGGUAUCCACUUCAUCAUCCGCCUCCUUGGACUGGACUGGAAUACGCGGGGACUCGCACUCAGAAGCGUCCCAAAAACUAUCAAGGCGAUCUUUGCGAAUGUUCAGGCCAUCGUCGCUUUGGUCGUGCGCUUGAAGGGCUGCGCGAGCGAUCCUCAACUUGGCAUCUCUGUUUCUAUCCUCGCCGACAUCGCCAACAUGCCUCAAGAUAGGCGAAUGCAAGUAGCAUCGCUGGCGAAGCAGAUCGCAUGGGAGUUAUACUCGCUGAGACGGAGAGCACGAGAGACUGCGGACUAUAUCAGGGACCUGGCAACAAGGAAAUCGACCGCCUUGGACUCUACCAUCAUAACAUGCACCGGGAACCUUUUCUAUCAACGCUCUUUUCAACUGCAAGCGCCAGGCGCGCGCAUCAAUCAUCCCUUCGGCGUUGGCUUGAACGCCGACGCCGACGGGUGUUUGUCCCAGCAUUUGCGCCGAACUCUCGGGCCACAAUCCAUCCGCGCCAUCGACCUCAGUGCGCCGCAGACGCCAUUAGUUAGGUGGCUGACCUACUUGAGGCGGCGAAGCUACUUCGACGCCUUGAACCUUGAGGCGAGGGCCCGAUGUUCGGACAACGAUGCGGCUCAGCUUGCCUCGAAAUGGGACAUAGCACUCGAGAGUUUUCGGAAAAGAAAGCUCGACACUAGCGUCACUAGCUUACGCCCAAUCCGGCACGCGAACGCGACCUCGCGUUCCAGUAUCAUCCCGGCGGCUUUUGGAAGCCUCGCCUCUGUAGGAGAGACUCAGGACUGGCUAGUUGCCGCAGAGAAGCUCAUCCAGUUCAGACCCAUAAGCCAUGUGGUUGUGAACUUCGACGCCGAUACACCUAUCGCCACCUUCCACGACACGUGUAUCGACGUCAAAAGGGGUCUCGACCUCGUCCUCGAGGUCUUUGAUCAAGUUGGCCCAGUCGGAGACAAGUCAAAACUGGCUGAGGUGGUCAAGAAGCCUCUGCUCGAUUUGAUCGACGUCGAGCGCAUCAUGGACGAGCUAUUCACCAGCACGAACUACCGCCAGCCUAUCACGAGCGAGUCAAGCGCGGCGUUUGGGGCACCAAAUCUCGAAGAGCUACUGAAGGACGACACAUCCCUCGACAUUGCUACUAUCAAGAGACUUCUCAAGGACUGUGGAUCGAAGCUGAAUGACACGCGCGACAGCUUUCUGUCGUUGCCUACGGCCUUUAGUACGGACGGUGUCUUGGGCACUAUCACACGCAGAUUGCGUGAAAAUCUCCCCAAAAUCUCCGUCAUCAUCAAGGCUUUCUCGACUAUAACGACUGGACUGGGCCGUCUAAAUACUGUCACGGUGGCACUGGACUCGGCGCAAAAUGUUAUCGACCAUGGAAUUCUAGACCCGACAAGCACCUACAAUGUCAACAAGGCGGCCGUCAAAGCUGUUCAAGCCCUUACCGACGCCGUUCUCUUCCAUAUCGACCUAUACAACGAGUUCAAAAAUGUCCUGAACCGCGCCAUUGACGCGCGUGGCUCCAACGCACUCGACCCCGCGACAAAGACGAAUAUUUUGCGCGCAUUCGAUCGGUUCGACCCUCGCGUUCCAUCCGCGCCCACCGUGCACGUUCGAGAGGAAUGCACGAGAGUGCUGUUGACUGUCGGAGGACGGCGGGCACCACUCAGAUCUGGAGAAGCAUCGAUGGAUGCAACGAAUGCGCGCGAGAUGCAGCUGGCCGGUCGAGAAGAUCACGAGCGAGGAAGCACACCUGAGUCGACGCCAGUGUGA